GACAGAGUGGAAAUGAGAGCUAGGAUUAUGGGAAAGCAUCUCAGUAGAGCUGAUAACUCUGUUGAAAUUGGAGGCUCCUGAGAAUUUGCAACUUCCUGCCUUAAGUUUGAGGUUUGUAGCAUCCAAGAGAAUUGUGUGAUGGAGCAGAGACCCCCUCCCACCUUGGUGCAGUUAGACUGCCCUAGAGGCUCAGAUGAUUCAGUGGUGCUGUUCCCAGAGAACACAGGCUGGAGAAUGUGGAAUAAGGGAACGGCUGGCCCAGUGCCAGGACCAGAGUAGUCGCCAUGCAGCUGAGCUGCGGGACUUCAAGAACAAGAUGCUGCCGCUGCUGGAGGUAGCUGAGAAGGAGCGGGAGGCACUCAGAACUGAGGCUGACUCCAUCUUAGGGAGAGUGGACCGUCUGGAGCGGGAGGUUGACUAUCUGGAGACCCAGAACCCAGUUGUACCCUGUGUAGAGGUUGAUGAGAAGGUGACCGGCGGCCCUGGGACCAAAAGCAAGGGCAGAAGAAAUGAGAAGUACGAUAUGCUGACAGACUGUAGCUACACAAUUUCUCAGGUGAGAUCAAUGAAGAUCCUGAAGCGUUUCGGUGGCCCAGCUGGUCUAUGGACCAAGGAUCCGUUGGGGCCAGCAGAGAAGAUCUACGUGUUAGAUGGGACGCAGAACGACACAGCCUUUGUCUUCCCCAGGCUGCGUGACUUCUCCCUUUCCAUGGCUACCCGGAAAGCUUCCCGAGUCCGGGUGCCGUUUCCCUGGGUAGGCACAGGGCAGUUGGUAUAUGGUGGCUUUCUCUAUUAUGCCCGGAGGCCUCCUGGAGGACCUGGAGGGGGUGGCGAAUUAGAGAACACUUUGCAGCUCAUCAAAUUCCACCUGGCAAACCGAACAGUGGUGGACAGUUCAGUAUUCCCAGCAGAAGGGUUGAUCCCCCCAUAUGGGCUGACAGCAGACACCUACAUUGACCUGGCAGCUGAUGAGGAGGGCCUUUGGGCUGUCUAUGCCACCCGGGAGGAUGAUAGGCACUUGUGUCUGGCCAAGUUAGACCCACAGACACUGGACACAGAGCAGCAGUGGGACACACCAUGUCCCAGAGAGAAUGCCGAGGCUGCCUUUGUCAUUUGUGGAACCCUGUACGUAGUCUAUAACACCCGCCCUGCCAGUCGGGCCCGCAUCCAGUGCUCUUUUGAUGCCAGUGGCACCCUGACCCCUGAGCGGGCAGCACUCCCUUAUUUCCCCCGCCGAUAUGGCGCCCACGCCAGUCUCCGCUAUAACCCCCGAGAGCGUCAGCUGUAUGCCUGGGACGAUGGCUACCAGAUUGUCUACAAGCUGGAGAUGAGGAAGAAAGAGGAGGAAGUUUGAGGAGCUAGCUUUGUGUUUUGAAUCUCUCUCACUGUUGUAUGUUUAUUGUUGUUGGGUGCUGUCGAGUCCCACUAAAUUUCCUGCUCCUCAUUCUCCAAAUGUGGGCAAAUUAUGGUUCAAAUCCCCUAUUUUUGGCCAACAGAAGCCAAAUUCUCACAGCCCUUUGGUUCCACAUGGAACUCCAGAUCUUGAGUAAUCCUCUUAGAACUAAAGAGUGAAAAUCCUGAAGUAGGCACUCCCACUCUCCUGCUCCGUGACAUCAAGUUUCAGACCAGUCGAAGACAACCCUAUGGGGGCAACCCCAGGGAGCAGAGAACAGAGUAUUCCUUGCCUUCAGUGUGAGUAGGGGAAGAGGGAAUAGAAGACUUUCAACUCCACCCUCUCUACCUU